GUACAAGAUUGGGAACAAGGUGCUGCCUCACUUCAAGGCCUGGGUCGAGUCGGCGUUGGGCGUCGACCUUAGUGUCCUCAUGCCGGCUCAGCCCCCGCCUUCAGACCAGGAACUUCCGCCCCCCAUAAUCAACGAGGCAUUCCUGGAGGACGUUCGUCGUGCCGGCAUUUCCUACUCGGCCGAUGGCCAGGACAGGCUUUUCAGGGCACAUGGUCACACCAUGCGUGAGAUCUUCAUCCUGCGGGAAGGUUCGUUCGCUCGCAUUCCCGACUUGGUCGUCUGGCCGCUGUGCCAUGAAGACGUCGUCAGUCUGGUGUCCCUGGCUUCGCAGCACAACGUUGUCGUCAUACCAUUUGGAGGUGGCACGAGCGUGUCGGGUGCCCUCGAAUGUCCGGUUACAGAGACCAGGAUGAUUGUUUCACUGGACACAUCUCAAAUGAACCGUAUCCUGUGGGUUGACAAGGUGAACAUGACUGCCAACAUUGAGGCUGGCAUCAUUGGCCAGGACCUGGAGAGACAGCUGGCAGAGCAUGGCCUUUGCACGGGCCACGAGCCAGACUCGUACGAGUUCAGCUCGCUCGGUGGCUGGGUGGCGACUCGGGCAUCCGGGAUGAAGAAGAACGUGUAUGGCAACAUUGAGGACCUGGUGGUGCACGUGCGGCUGGUCACGCCCAGUGGCACGGUCGAGCGCAGCUGCCAAGUGCCCCGCAUCUCUAGUGGGCCCGACGUGCACCACUUCGUGCUUGGUUCGGAAGGUACCCUGGGUGUGGUUACACAGGUGGUGCUCAAGGUGCGGCCGCUGCCGCAGUGCCAACGCUACGGCUCCAUCGUCUUCCCCACUUUCGAGCCGGGUGUCGCCUUCUUGCAGGAGGUCACCCGACAGUGCAAACUAAGCAUCCCAAGGCUACAAGCAGCAUCACCAGAUGCAGACCAAGACCUCCACAGUGAAGCGUGGGAGGCUGCUAUCUCCCAGCUGGACUUGGUAGAGCAGCGUCAACUCGUUGCUCGAACCGGGCGGGAUGUCCAGGUCAGAGGGUUCCUGGAAUAA